GUCAGUGUAAGAUUCCAAUGUCUAGCUGUUGAAGGAUGCGGCGAAGAUGGCGAUGAAUGUGACUAAUAGAGGUCCUGAUCCCAAAGUGAAACCUCUACCAAAUAUGUGCCAGCAACAACCUUUUCGACCCAUGGCUCCUUCCCAGCCUGACCCUCUCCGAUUCCCCCUGUCUACCUCACUGUCCGCAGGGACACCUUCCCUGCAGCUGGUCCAGAGACCCCCUCACCCUCCGCCACAAACCCCCUGCCCCAAAUCCCUGCCACCACCCCAGGAGGAGGAGACACAGGCUGUGGGGGAUCAGGACUCUGCCUUGGAGGACCUCUGUAGGCCCCUGUACUGCAAGCUGUGCAACGUCACUCUGAACUCUACACAGCAAGCACAAGCUCAUUACCAGGGUAAAAAUCAUAAUAAGAAGCUCCGGAAUUUCUAUGCUGGCAUUCAGCAGCCGCCACCUCUCAGAGUUCCAGAGGUGGUGGAGCCCCCUGUCCAGCAGCCCCCUCCCCCAGCAACAGCACCAGUGACUCAGUCAGGUUCCUUUAAGGCAGGUAGCCGGGUGAUUCUGGCUACAGAGAAUGAUUACUGUAAGCUGUGCGAUGCCUCGUUCAGCUCGCCUGCUGUGGCUCAGGCCCAUUACCAGGGGAAGAACCAUGCCAAGCGGCUGCGGCUGGCUGAGGCCCAGCAGAGCAACACUUUCAUAGACGCAUCAGAAGCAAACCAAAGGCGACCAAGGAAAGACGGGAAUGAGUAUAAAAUAAUGAAGACCCGCAGGAAUGCGUAUGUGCCUCAAAACAUGGCAGGUCCCUACUAUAACCCGCGCCCUCGGCAACGAAUCCCGCGGGACUUGGCGAUGUGCGUCACGCCCAGCGGCCAGUUCUACUGCUCCAUGUGCAACUGUGGGGCCAGCGAGGAGGCGGAGUUCCGGCUGCAUCUGGAGAGCAAACCUCACAAGAGCAAAGUGUCCGAGCAGCGCUACCGCAGUGAGAUGGAGAACCUAGGCUACACAUAGAGGGGACUGCAGCAGCCCUGACGUGCUCUGCUUAUAUAGACAAGGAUCACUGAAAGGUUCACAGGAUAUAGGGGCCAAAGGGUGCCCUGUCGAGGGGCAUGAGAAAUUAUUCUCUUCUAGAUGACAUCUGGAAGUACUUGCAGGCUCACUGCUGUUCUCUGUAGAGUAACUGCAGGGUGUUGCUGUGUGGUUUUUUUUUGUUUUUUGUAUGCACCAACAUCACCUGCUGGUAGGCCAUGAAUCAAACAUGUCCUUCCAGAUUGUCUUUUGCAAAUUGAUUUGUUUUGACCCGAGUUUUAACAAUAUAAUAGUAUUUGCAUCUGAGAUAAAGCCUUCUAUUUCUCUCAAGAAAAAUCAAAGCAAUCUCUCGUCAUGUCAGCUCUGAGUUUAGCUGCUUCGAGAACCUUACAUAAAGUUGGUUCCCACAGCACCCAAUUCAGCAGAUGUUUAGAAAAAAAAGAAAAAGUAAAUUGCACUAAAGAAUUCUACCCAACCAGGUACCCUGCUGUGACACAAUACAAUUAACUGGCUUUGUUCAAAUGUAUAGAAGUGCAGUUCAUUAUUGCAUUUGUGGAAGACCUGUUAUGUACUAAAAUGUGUGUGGUGUGUCUCUAACAUAGUCUAACCCAGCUAUGUCCUUGCAAAGCCGUUCACACUUCUUCCUCUAAAGGGAUACCACUUUCCAUUGCUUAUUGAUGAACCAUGAUAAAGCACACAGUUUUAAUUUCUAGCCGGAGAGGUUAUUGAAAGAUCAUUUAUUUUACAUGUAUCCUUUAUAUAUAUAUUUGAAUCUGUCAAAUGUUGUAACGUACCAUUCUUUAAGUUUGAAAGAAAACAAAAAAUGGUAUGUGGAAAACAUAUAACUUAAUCCACCCAUACCCAUAGUGAAAACCAAAGCAUUGUGAAAGGUUGUUUAUCUAUAUAUUGGGGAAUCCUACUUUAUUUGCAACAUGACAUGCCUCUUAAUAUUAAACUUUUUUUUCUUUAAAGAAAAAGACACUUUGGGGAGCUUGGUGGCACAGCGGCUCCUUCCCAGUCCUUGUGCCUUUUCUCUCUGGAGGCCUGGGUUUGGAUCCAGCUCAAGUAACAAGUGAAAUGAGUUUGGUGGUGGUCUCCACCCAGCCCAUCAUAAAUCCACUCCAUGAUUGGUAGUCUUUGUUUGAGAGACCCAGAAGCAAGGUGGAUGCGAGGGGAAGCUCUCUUGGAGUCUUCUGGCCUGGCUGUAGCCAGCACCAUCAUUCAUCGCUACUAAAACAAGACAAAGCUUAACAUCUUCCAGUUCCUGAGGUCAGUUAGCAGCUGAUGUUCUGGAGGCAGCUCAUUGGCUUUCAGGUUAUGAAAGGUACAGCAGGCAGAGGUAUUUGUUAGCUUUACUUUUAUUUUGUUAUGAAAGAAAAAGUUGGUACAGGUAUGAAACAUCAGUUAUCUUAAUCCGUGUAUAUCUUAAUCAGCGUGUUCUUGUCGAUUGGAUUUAAUUUCUAUAUCAUUUUCUGUUACUUGGGGACUUUUCAUGAAACUGCAACACAUGUUAACAAUAAAAUGAAAAGUGACAGGUACGUUAUUUAAACAGUUGUAGCAGAACGUUUGUUGGAACCCUGUUAAAAUUCUGUCAAGUUAACACUGUACAAAAGAUCUGCUUCCGUUUUUAAGCACUGCAUUUUUUAUUGCCGUUUUUAUUUCCACAGUGUUCUUAUGUUUUGUUGCUUUAUCUACAAGUUAGAUAUUGGCAGUUUAUUUUUUAUUUUGUAUUUAUUAUUUUUCUUUGAAUAAGGAAUUUAACCUUUUUUCAAAGGAACUGUUGAUAUGUUUAUAAUUACUGUAACUGAAGCUUUCACAGCUCAAAAAUCAUCCAGAUUCCAAGCUUCUGCAUCCCACUAAAGAAAGUAUAUCUUUGCUAUUCCUCAAGGUGCUUUAUUUAUAUGCAGGGUGAUUUAUAAUGUUGGAUGAGCUGCUGGGCUACAACCUGGGGUCAGUCCUGUGGCUGAUACCUGCAUGGGGUAUUGCAUG